CUCCCCGGUCCUCAUAAUCCUCCCAUCACUUGCCCUGGUGCCCCUCCCUCACGGUCCACUGUUCUAUCAGAUUUCUUCUUAUUCAGCUGUUUAUAUUACCCAACUAUUACCUCCCAUCUUGUACCCUGACUCCGUCUUCUCCAGUCCCAAUGAAGGACCGAAACACCGCCUUUUAUUCCUCUCCAUUGACGCUGCCUGACCUGCUGAGUUCCUCCAGCAUUUUGUGUGUGUUGCUCUGGAUUUCCAGCAUCUGCAGAAUCUCUUGUGCCUUCUGCCUGAAUGGUGAGACACCCUGCCGGCCUCAGUACCUUUUUGUUGUGCGCUGUGCAGUCUUGGUCAAUGAAACUAUUAAAAGAUUAGCUUUAUCUAUCACAUGCACAUCGAAGCACCGACUAACACAGUCCGAGGAUGUGCGAGCAUCGCGUGUCCACGAGUUACUAACCCUAACCGGUACCUGUUCUGAAUGUGGAUGGAACCCGUAGUACUGGAUGAAACCCACGAGGUUGCGAGGAGAGCGUACAAACUCUUUACAGAAUGCGGCGGAAGUGAAUACUCGUCGUUGGCCCUGUAACAGCGUAGUGCAAUUCCUCUGUGCUGGCAUGGGUCCAGGGGGAACGGGCCCUGAGCGCGCCAGUGUCUCCUCGGAGAAUGGGACUGAGUGUGGUUCGUGUCUCCCCGGACAGUGGCACUGGGCACUAGGAUUCUUGCUGUGAGGAAAACCCCGAGUUACAUUGAGCAGUUCACAGGCAGGUCGCUGCUGGCGGGAGUUAACGUCAGAACAUCACUCCUCGUCACUGUGACCCGCCCCCCGCCCCAGUUCUUUGAACCCACCUUCGGCUCCCAUCCGCUGAUGUACCCCACUUUCAAUAGUACCACACAUGUAUCCCCUCACCCCCUGAGCGGAUCCUGCUCUCCCCUCGGGGUCGGUCUGACUGCCAGCACUCCCCGGGUUACUCUGCGACCAGGGACGGUUCGUGUGCAGCGUUGCAGAACCCGAGGGAGGGCUCAGGGAUAUUGGCCCGGAUCCCAGGGCCAGCGUCAGAAGUGAAUUCCGUAGGUUUCUGCGGGCCCGCCCCGGCAGCGCAGACGGUACGGACUAACGGGGUUUGCUUCAGGGGAUUAAAUAAGCGGCGCGGAGAAGCCGCUGUGACCAGCGAAAUUUCUGAGCGACUCGCGGGAGAGUAGAGGAAGGGGCGAUCUGCCUGGGUUCAUGCCCCGGCCACUGCCCAAUGAUCCUGGGGGUGGAUAAAAGAGAGGGGAGGGUGUGGACAGCGCGGGGAGAUCGAGGGUCAGCGUGAUCCCCCUCCGUGUCCUGCAGACCUGCCCCUGGCUGGUGGAUCGAUCGGCAGCUGCGGCGCCGCGCUCCGCAGUCGGGCCUGGAGCAGAGGGUGGGGGGAGGUAGGGCGAGGGUUUGGCCGGCGUGUGAGGGAAGGGGACAGACGAAGGAGGAGUCUGGCUGGGGGAUAGCAGAGGAGUAUGCUGACCCCACCUCCGGUACCUUGUCACAGGACACGGCUCGCUGACAGGCCAGCGAUGGGUGUGGACGUACUUAAGUGUUUUCCCUGGUACAGCAGGCGCAGGGAGCGCGGCAAGUUGGCCAAGAGGCAGAGGCUGGAAGGUCCCGUAUCCCCGCUGGAGUCUGUGCACCCGAUCAAGCCAGGGGCCGGCGGCCAUAAUCUCGGUUACGGCGCUUACUUCAGCGAGAAAGCGAGAGUUUCCUUCCGCCACGAGCUGGACUCGCCCACCUCUGCCAUAAACUCCACCAUCUGACCCUGCAACGUACGGCCACAAGGCGCCGGGCCCCGGGAUGCUUGGCCGAGCUGUGUCCGUUCGCGUCACCCUGCGGGGUGGGACUGGUUGGCUGCAAGUCUCCGGCAAUCUGUCCUCGGCCGGCUGAUGGGAGGCGACGCCUGCUUGGUGUACGGAUUCAUUUUCACCUCCGGUUGGGUGAACAUUUACAGCGUGGUGUCAGAGUAUGAAAGCAGACCGUUCGGCCCACCAUGGCUAUACUGGACAUACUUAUCCUAUGCUACGCAGCCGCUCGGUUUUGCUAGCUUCCCUCCAUCCUUCACCACGUUCAGACCGCAGGUGAAAUGAUAUGCGACCCCAGUACUGGAGAGCGGGCGACUGCAGAGUGGCACCGUCUCUUACAGCCGAGAGUAGACUGGCUGGACUGGUCGUGAAAGAAUUGGCCGUGGGCAACCGCGGCUGUUGUUUGGUGGAUGCCAGAGUAAACGCUUUGUCAAUAAACUGCUUGUCAGGAGGAGUUGUUAAUGUGUUUUGGGGACAGUGGGAAGGAUGUGGAGGUAUUUAAUACCCAUCCCGCAGGGAGAAAGGCACUCACAAUCAGCCCCGAUGCUAUUAGCAGUGUAAGUGUGAUCUCCCGGUACUUCACAUCAAACCAUGGGCUGCGGCGGUGGGAUUGGAACCAACUGGCCAACAGCAUGGGUGGAAGGGGAAACAAUCGGAUAACAAAGUGAAUAGCAGUUGAUCCAAUGGGCGACAAAUAUUACUGAGAGGGGCAAACACGAGGAAAUCUGCAGAUGCUGGAAUUUCAAGCAACACAUAAAAGUUGCUGGUGAACGCAGCAGGCCAGGUAGCAUCUCUAGGAAGAGGUACAGUCGACGAAGGGUCUCGGCCCGAAACGUCGACUG